AUGUUCAAGAUCGUUUUAACAGCAGUUCUAUCACUUCUAUUAGUGACGCAGGUCAAGUGAUUCCGAGAUAAUCCUCAGUACUCAACAAGCUCAUCAGAAUUGGAUAUUGAUGUUAUCAGUAACAGCAAAGAUUGACUAAUUUUUAUCAAAAGUGAUUGAAUUGGAUUUAUAACCCAGUUAAAGUCAGCUAUCCAAACAGUCAAUUAUCAUUAUCUUAAUUUAUCAGAGUUGCAGAAAGUUAAUGAGUCAAAGAAGGAAUCUAUAAGCUCUCUCUUCGAUUCAUUAAGAUCAUUUAAAAUCCCCCUUGAAAUUUCUGAUUUCUGUUUGAAUCCUCAAAACAGCCAAACUUUUCUAUCUGAGUAUGAAAUUUCUCAAAUUUUUACAAAGAUGAAUUUGAAUUGACCAAAUUCGAAAUUAGAAAAGUUAGAUUCCUUUACCGGCUCCUCUCAGAGAGACUUAGAGACUCUUGCAGAAGUAUCAACUGAUUACCCAGAGCUAGAAGGAUUAGCAUACACCAUCAUUUCUUUAACCUGAGCAGCUGGACUUAUUUAUUACAUUGGAUAUCUGCUAAAAGGGUAUGAUGCUACGCCAUUUUGGAUUCUUCUUCAUUUUAUCCAACUAGUAUAUCUCAUGAUCAUGCUAGAAGUAAACCAGCCAGCUAAUCUGGUAUAUUUCUUGGACAAGCUAGACCAUUGCAAGCUAGAUAUGAAUUUCAUUGAUGAGUUUACUACAAUCAGAGAUGAAGUAAGAAAAGAUAUCAACUUCAGACCUGAUAGAGCUGCAUUUGCAAAAAUUGCAUGGGAUUACGGAAGUGUCCUCGUGAACCUCGCAUUCUAUGCAAGGCUUAUAUGAACAGUUAUCUUGCUCCAUAUCUGAUUGAAAGUGAUUAUGUGCUGGAGUAACCCUGAGAGGAAGGAUCAUAAGUUCUUCAAAUGGACUAACUCUCUUAAAAAUCACAUUAGUAAAGAUUUUUACAUCAGAUAUUGCCUUGAAAUUUCUCUCUUCCUCUGGACAGCUGUAUUUAUAGAAUUUAUGUCAACUCCAAGAGAUUCAGGUUUGGAAAAGCUUUCAUUAAUGGUUGCCAUAAAUAUUUUGUGAUUCCUGAUUUACUUGACUUUUUCAUUCGUAUUUGCUUUCUAUGCAAAGAACACUGCUGAGACGUAUAGAGGAUAUUUUUACACGUACUUCCUCAUGAAGAGAGCUAUAAUGCCUAUCCUGCUUAUAUCCCUUGCAUACACCUCUAAAGAAUGGCAACUAAGCAUGCUGGUACUCGCCCAAUGAGUGCUCUUGACUAUUGAAAUCAUUUUAGCAAUUAUGAAAAAGACUGAACAUUCUAGAGAGACAUUCCAUCUUGGACAAACUUUGAUUAACAGAGUUCUUUCAAUUAUUUGCAACUCUAUGUUUUUGGUCUACCUCUGUUGAAUGUUCAUGUUUUUAGAUGAUUCGCCAUCUGAAGAUGAUAACCAGGGCAAGGCCCUGGCUAUCUUUAUCAGCUGCUGUAUUUGAAUUAUUGUCGUGUUCAUUUCAGGAUUAGGAAUUUCUAGGCUCUUCUGGUGCAAAAAUCAACCAACAGAUGAGAAAGAAUCUAGAGAAAGAUCACUUGAAAGUUAUAAGGAAAGAACAAAUUAUGAUCAAAACAGACAGAUAGAUAUGGAAAAUAAAUUGCAGAGAGAUGACAAUGAAAAUUCCUCUAGAAAGAUAAGUGAAUCGAGAAUGUCUCCAAAGAAGUCUCAGGAGAAUUCUCAAGCCUUCAAAUCUCCUUUAGAAAAGUCAGCUUUGAGCUCCUCCGAAGAGGAUUAAUGGAAGAAAUUAGAAAUCGCUCUAAAAAUUGUCAAUAGUUCA